AUGUCUAGUCCUUCAUUCACAAAGAUUUACCGACAGGACACUUACCCCGCCAUUGAUCCAAGCCGACCUGAGAAUUCGGUAAAGGAUAAGACUGUAAUCGUCACAGGCGCCGGGAUAGGGGGUAUUGGUUCUGAAGUUGCCCUGUCUUUCGCCAAGGCAGGGGCGACAAAGAUUGCCAUUGUAGGCAGAACAGAAAAGACACUUCAAGGGACAAAGACCGCCAUCGGCAAUGCUUACCCAAAAACGAAUGUUUUUAUAGCGGUAGCUGAUGUGGGCAAAGCAGAGAGCAUGGGUUGUGCUGCGCAUGACAUUCGAGUGGCCAUCGGGGCAUGGGAUAUCUUCGCCAACUAUGCCGCAGCACUACCUCCUUUGUCAACAAUUGCUGGUGCAGAUGAGGAUACUUCAUGGGACGCCUUCGAGGCCAUCGCCCGGUUUCCUUUCCAUUUUGCGAAGCACUUUGCACCCAAGGCCAGGCCGAAUGCAACCUUCAUCAACGCCAACGCAGGUGCCAGUCAUCUGCCAGCCGCGCAACUGCCAAAGUGUUCUGCAUAUUGUGCCGCCAAGCUUGCAGCGGCGAAGCUCGACGACUACUUAGCAGUCGAGAAUCCCAACCUUCGGGUAUUCACCGUUCAUCCUGGGGUUAUUGACACUUCUAUGUUGAAGCAAGUGUUCGGGAAUACUGGAGGGAAGGAACUGCCGAAGGGUAUCAGUGCUGUUCUGUCUCAAGUCGCUCUCCCAGCACAUUUUACCGUCUGGCUGGCGAGCGCCGAGGCGGACUUUCUCCGAGGGCGAUAUAUUUGGGUCAAUUGGGAUGUGGAGGAAUUGACAUCGCGGAGGCAAGAGAUCGAAAAGGAUCCUUUGCUAUUCAAGAUUGUGUUGGGUGGCUGGCCUUUUCAGGAGACCAAGUCAUGA